AUGAAAAUUUGCGUGGUUACACCUAGCCCAGCUUCGGGUGCUGAAGCAACUGUCCAGCCAGACCUCGCGAGCUAUAUCGAUCAAGAAGUGCACUCAGUGCAGAAAAGGCAGAUUAGGAAAGAGCAUGCUAUCGAAGAUAUAGACGAGCUCGAGAUCGGGAACUUUGAUGUUUUCAUUAACUAUCUGACUAAUGAUUGUUUUGUUCAUUUCAUGCAGCAACCCAUCGAUCAUGAGUGGAUUAAAGCACUCAAGUAUCUGAAUUCGAAAUAUCUGUUUGGUAUCGGUAGACUGCCGGACAGUGCGCUGGACCUGUACGCAGCAAAUCUGGAGAGGGCACAAACCUCCGACUCCCAGGGCGAUGAGCAGCCCCCACCGACUGCAUUGUUACUACCAAAUCAGGCUCAAGAACUCCAGGAUGGCGAUUAUUCCAUUCUGGUCGUGCUGUUUGGGCGAACCGCCUCCGCGUUAACACCCUUGAAAUACCAAGCAGCAGUCAAAGACGGUCAAGAAGCCACGUGGGUUCUUGCACCCGAGUCAGACUUGAGCCGCCGACUGCAAGAAACUGCCGUGUCUGCAUUUGAGCAGGUCCGCGGUACCGAGUACCUGGGAUAUUUGACAGUUAAUAUUCGCGUGGCCGAGGCUUCAGAUACCCCCAUUGUCACCAACGUGGAUCCUACAACGCGCUUCUUCUAUCCUCAGGGUGUGACUCCAUGGGAUUCGUUAGUUAUCGCGAAGACCCUACCUGGUGGUCAUGCAGCCUUUUUCGAAACCCUCCUAUCUACCAGACUUGCCAAGGUCCCACAUUAUGUCAUGCGAAAUGAGGGCUGUGCGAGGCAGCAUGAUAGGCUUGCUCGUCUUUACUACACCAUUCUCGACUCCACCAACGUCACGGAUAACCGGUUGAGUCCAUUCGUUGGCAAGUACGACUAUAACGGAACCGUUCUAGAUUGUUGUUCGGGAAGCGGGGAAUUUGCUCGGUUUGCCAUUGACCAUGGGGUCAAAGCGAAAUACUCCGCCCUCGACUAUUCGGUCGAAAUGACCAAGCUCCCUUUCUCCAAGACACUAUACGAGCAGCCUUUCAUCCUUGGGCCUGUUCAAGAAGUUCUUGCCAGUGCCCCCAUGCACGAUCAUGUCGUGUGUUUCGGCUCGAUGCAUCUGUUGCAACCUUUUGACUUUAUCUCGACCAUCAGUCAGAUGUUUUUGCGGGCCAAGAAAUCCGUCACCUUCGACGUUGAUGAUUUGUCAGACACAUAUAUCAACAACUUCCCGGAUGCCAGUAGCGAGAAGUGCUGGGAGAAGCUCGAGUAUAACCACAACCAUACAGCGCGGAUCUUUCGCUUUGGGACACCGGUUGGCUGGAAGGCGGUCAUGUACGGCGAGAGACGCUUUGCGUAUAAAUCGCUGGUGAUGAAGGAAGACGUGUACACUCAUUCAUUCCGGUUCGAGCGGAUAGAGUGA